AGAAUCUUUGCUCGUUCGUAACAUCUUAACAUUCUCAUUAUGUCUCGCGAAGAACUUGUCCAGAAAGCGAAGAUCGCCGAGCAGGCCGAGAGAUACGAUGACAUGGCAGAAUCUAUGAAGAAGGUGACUGAGCUGCUAGGUGAGAGUGAGCUUCUUUCUACUGACGAGAGGAAUCUUUUGUCAGUUGCUUACAAGAAUGUUGUUGGUUCUCGAAGGGCGUCAUGGAGGGUUAUCAGCAGCAUUGAACAAAAGCACACCGCUGAUCAGAAAAAAACGGACCUAGCCAAGGAAUACCGAGAAAAAAUUGAGGGUGAGCUGAAGGAUAUCUGCAACGAAGUUCUUGGCUUGCUUGAUAAGUUCCUCAUUCCCAACUCUGAGACCGAGCAGAAGAAAAAUGAGGACUCGAAGGGUACAGAGAGCUUGGUGUUCUACCUUAAGAUGAAGGGUGACUACUACCGAUACUUGGCUGAGGUCAAGAGCGAGGAUGCCGAAUCUACUACUACUCCCGCCAGAAAGGCAUAUGAGAAGGCUACUGAAGCUGCAAACACUUUGCCCUCAACUCACCCAAUCCGCCUGGGUUUGGCACUGAACUUCUCAGUCUUCUACUACGAAAUCCUGAAUGAGCCCAAAGAGGCCUGCGAAUUGGCAAAGAAAGCAUUCGACGAAUCUAUUGCUGAACUCGACACCUUGAAGGAAGACAGUUACAAGGACUCGACACUCAUCAUGCAGUUGUUGCGAGACAACUUGACUCUGUGGACUUCCGACAACGCUCAGGACGAGCAGGAGGAAAACCAGUAAAAUGCAAAUGGCGCUAAUCUAGUGCUUGUCAAAGAACUCAUUACAACACCUUGGAAGCACUUGGUAGCAAAAUUACCACCAAGAAUUUUUUUGAUACGACAACCGCCUGCAUGCAUGAAACACCUAAUAAUGAUUUCAAUUCCUGACGACUCCGAGACUUGCAACAACUGACUCUGGUACUGAAUUAAAUCGAAUGUAACCUAUUUAUGCGCGCAUCAAUUGACUAUUGUAAACCAACUAUGCGUAACUGUUAAAUGAUAAUACAAUCUGUGAGUGUCGA